GAGAUCCUCCAAUAACAGACAACAACCAGAUAAAGAUUUAGUUUUACUGUCAUCGUGUGCAGAUAUAGUGGGUGUGUUUAGCAGAGCCUUUCAAAAGGGGCUGCAGGAGACACUCUGAACUCAGUUCAGCUGCAGAAUCGACUCCGUACUCUUUAACACAAACAUGGACAGAACUUAUUACCAGCCAAACAUGUCCAGCAACUUCGGAUGGAGCAGAGAAAAUAAGGAGGAGCUGAGGAUAGUGCUGGUGGGGAAGACUGGAAUUGGGAAGAGUGCCACUGGAAACACCAUUCUGGGGCGAAAGCGCUUUGAAUCAAAGUUCAGUGCAAAGUCUAUGACUGUAGACUGUUCCAAGAACAAAGCUGAGGUGGACGGGCAACAGGUUGCUGUUAUCGACACCCCGGGCCUGUUCGACACCAGGCAUGGCAUGGAUAAAACAACUAAAGACAUCAGCCAGUGUAUCUCUUACGCUGCUCCUGGACCCCAUGUGUUCCUGGUGGUCAUCAAGCUGGGCAGAUACACUGAAGAGGAAAAGCAGACAGUGCAAAAGAUUCAAGAAAUCUUCGGCCAGGCUGCAGACAGAUACAGCAUGGUUCUCUUCACUCAUGGAGACCUUCUUAAAAACAAAACUAUUGAGGACUUCUUGACGGAAUGCUCAGAGCUGCAGGAACUCGUGGCCAGAUGUAAUGGCCAGUACCAUGUCUUCAAUAAUGAGCUGAAGAAUCGCCGCUCUCAGGUCACUGAGCUGCUCCAGAAGAUCAGAAAUUUAGUCCAGAAGAACGGAGGAAGCUACUACACCAACGAGAUCCACACUCUUUACCUUUUAAAGACGACAGUUGGCGUUCUCGCAGGUUUUGCAAGGGUAGUAACUCAGUCAUAAGGUUUAUAAGACAGGUUUCAGCUGGUCUUCAAGUUUGUCCCAAGUUUAAGACUUUCCAUUUCCAUAGAGGAUCACUUGAGAAGCAGAUAGGACCACAGGAGAUUCUUAAGACUGAUACAUUACAUAACAUUUUAAAUGGAAAGAAAGAAAAGACAAAAAAAA